AUGUGUCCCGUCCAGCGCAGACAGCAAGCCAAAGCCAAAACCCAAGUUACUUCAGCUCCAGCUCUAGCUCAAUCUCCGGCCCGGACGCAGAGCCAUUCCUCCACACCAGCCACCUCGUUCCUAGUCCUCGCGGAAGAGAACCACCCGCCCCUCAACGACACUACCUCCUCUCCUAUCACACGCAUCAGCGGAGACAUGCACGCCCUUUUCACGCCCGUGAAGAUAUCUCUGCCCAUCAGGACCAAGAAGCCCGUGGGUGGGAAGGAGGAUCCAACAAAGGGCGAAGGGGGCCUUGCCACGGUGGGAUACGAUGCUUGUACGGGGCCGUAUUGCGUGGAGGCGGAUGAGCGCGGGCUGGCUUCGUCGGCGGGGUUCAAGUGUAUGGUUGGUGGGUGUGGGCGUGUGGAUUGA